AUAUGCCUCCUAAAGGCAAACGAAACAGCCUUCUCACUGUGAGAAGUGGCAUCAUUAAAAAUCUAUCUUGGCUUUAUACUGAAUAUUUUUAUUUUAAAAUCAAUGAUGAAAAUAAUUUUCAAAAACUACUAGCAGUCAAAACUAAAUUGCUCAACUUUGAGCAGCGUUAUGAAGAGAUAAGCCUGGAAUUUGAUUCAGAUGACAUUGAUGACAAUGAACAUCAAAUUGUCACAGAAAAAUUUUUAAUGUUAAUUGCUAAUGUAAAUACAAUUUUGAAAAAUUAUGAUUCACAGCAGCAAGUUGCUACAUUUCAAGCACCGGCAAUGGAACAUCAGUCACCAAACUCCUCUCCAGUUCCCAAAUCACCGGGGUCUGUAGAUCAUAAUAGUGUAAUCAACACAAAUCAAUCGCCAUCUGCUUCAGUGACUGCUAAUAAUGUCAAUUCUCUGCCUUUGCAACCCACUAUGCCUAUUUAUCAAGGUCUACAAUUACCAAUGGUACCGUUACCAGAAUUUUCAGGUUCCUUUGAUUCAUGGCUUGAAUUCCGUGAUACCUUUUCCAAUAUGGUUAUUGAAAACCAAACUUUGGCUCCAGCUACAAAGCUGUAUUAUUUGCGCAAAGCUCUCAGUGGUGAAGCCCUUGCACGCAUUCAGAAUAUUCCUCCAGGGAAUGGAAACUUUGAGCUUGCAUGGAAUCUGCUUACACAGAGGUACAAUAACCCCAGAUUAAUUGCAAGUACCCACAUUCAAGGUAUUGAAUCACCCCCAGCACUCAAGAAAAAUUGUUCCAAAUCUCUUAGAGCUUUCAUUGAUCACUGUAAAUGUCACAUUAAUGAUUUAGAAGCGCUCAAAUUGGAUGUUCAAAUUAAAGAUUUACUUUACAUGCAAAAAAUCACUUUUCAACUUGACUCUAAUAUCUUGCGCGAAUGGGAAAAACGCAUUGAAAUAAAUGAAAUCCCUACUAUGGAUAAACUGUGGGAAUUUCUUGAAAAUCAAUGUAAGGUAAUGGAUGCUAUUUCAUCUCAUAGCCCCUCAAAUCCACCAACUAAUCAAAAGGUUUUUACUCAAGCUACUUCAAAUGCACCCAAUGUUAGGCAAAAUACUCGUCCUUUUGCUCAAAAUAAUACUCUGAAUAAUUUUCAGCCAUCAGUAUCCUGUCAAUUUUGCAAUGAUCGAUCUCAUGGGAUUUUCAAAUGUGUCAAUUUUUCAAAGAUUCCCAUCAAUCAACGUUAUGAUGCAAUCAAAAGGAAAGGGUUGUGUUUCAAUUGCCUUAAUCCUUACACUGACAAUCACAACUGCUCUUCUAAGAGAUGCCAAAAAUGUGAUAAGCGACAUCACACUGUUCUACAUGAUUCCUUUACUAGCAAUUCAGGAGGUAAGAAUGUUGUUUCUAAUGUGAUUCAGUCUCAGAAUGAGUGCACCGUUUCUAGUGCCCAUUCAUCUUCAGCAUCAAAUUCAGUUAGUUCACAAUCUGAUAAUUCAGAAACAACAGUUGUUUCACAUGCUGCUUCAUCCAUCAUUUCUAAUAAUAAGUCAUCAGUUCAAGUAUUACCUACCACAGAGGUUCUGGUUGUUAGUUCAAAUGGUGAAUUAAUUGCAUGUAAUGCUUUAAUGGACACAGGAAGUGAUUGUUCACUCAUCACUCAAGAGUUGGCUGAUAGAUUAGCUCUUCCUUCUCGUCAUGUAACUAAUCUGAUUAAUGGAGUGUCCAGUAUGCAAGCCAAAUCUACAGUUGUUCACUCAGUAUUAAUAAAAUCAUCUGAUCAUACUUGGUCAACGCAACAAGAAUGUAUUGUUGUUGAGAAAUUUGCCUCAUGUAUUCCUCGUGUCACAAUUGAUCUUAACUAUUACAAGAUUCCAAGCAAUAUUCGACUUGCAGAUCCAAAUUUUCAUAAAUCUAAGAAAAUUGAUAUCCUAUUGGGUAUUGACGUUUAUGCCGCAAUCAUGACUGGCAAUCAAAUUAUUGUGUCACCUGAUGUUCCAAUCCUACAAAAUACAAAACUUGGCUGGAUUGUUUUUGGCUCUUGUCAAUUACCUAAAUCAGUGUCACUCAAAAAAUCAUCUAAUCAAUUUGUUACCAAUUUUGUCUCCACAGCUGAAGUCUCCAAUCAGUUGGAAACCUUCUGGAAGCUGGAAGAAGUCUCUUCAGUUAUUCCUGUCUCUCCUGAGUGUGCUAGGGUUGAAGCACACUACAAAGAAAAUACCAUCAGGCAUGAAGAUGGUCGUUUCCAAGUGUCCUUACCUCGCAAGGAUUCAUUUGCCACCCUUGGUCAUUCAAGGACUCAAGCUAUGAAACGUUUCCAUUUAUUGGAAAAAAGAUUUCUUAAAGAACCUGAGCUCAAACCUCAAUAUGUUGAAUUUAUGCAGAAAUAUGAAGAUUUAGGUCACAUGCACCCUGUACCGCCACCAGCCCCUGAGGAACAAGUCUAUUAUAUUCCACAUCACGCUGUCUUCAAGCCUGACUCCACUACAACCAAAACAAGAGUUGUGUUUGAUGCUAGCGCCAAAACAUCAGCGCGCCCACUCAAUGCUUUGCCUUCUCAUAAGCAGAAAUUCAAACAUGUGAAUUUUCUUGCACGUUGGAAUAGACUUGCUGAAGUCACAAAGGAAUUUUGGCAACAAUGGUCUGAAGAAUAUUUAGUUACUCUUCGGAAAAGACAUAAAUGGUCUUCUUCAUCACCCAAUCUUCAAGUUGGCACUCUUGUGCUAUUGAAGGAUCCUGGGACACCACCAACACUCUGGAAGCUUGGACGUAUUACAGAGGUUUUCCCUGGCUCCGAUGACAAGGUUAGAGUCAUCCAGGUUCUAACUGAUUCUGGUGUUUUCAAACGUUCUAUUGCUAGUGUUGCACUUUUGCCAUUAGAUGAUAGCGAAUGAUGCAAAUCUCUUUAACAUAUUUUUUUUCUUUCUUCUUUGUUUUACAAUUCUUCUAAUUGCA